AUGCCAGCGAAGGGUUUCAGCUUCCUUGAAACUAAGCAGUUCUACUCUUAUGAAGGACACGUGGAGACUGUGUACAAGCUGACGGUUGCCACGGGCGAAACGCUGUUGUCGGGCACCAUGAACUACGUGUAUGCAACGAUCAUUGGCUCGGCAGGCCAGAGCAAUAGGCAGCUUCUGGACCACUUUGGACCGGACCUUUGCCCUGGGGCGAUUGACAUCUACAGUAUUCCAAGCAAGCUUGACAUUGGCGACAUCCGAAUGGUUCGUCUGGAGAAGGAGGCGUUCCUGGUGAACGACUCCUGGUUCUGCCGCUACGUGGAGGUCAAUGCUCCGGGUGGCCGGGUGCACCGCUUCCCUGCGAACCACUGGCUCGAGCAGGGCUCCAUGGAGCUGCGGGAGGGGACUGGAAUGUUGCCACAGCACGAGACCUUGGCUCAACUGAAGGAAAAGAGGGCUGACGAAUUGUCCGAGAGACGGGCCUCCUUGAGGUGGCUAGAAUGGCAUGCUGGGCUUCCCCUUGGAGUCGACAGCAAAUCGUUCCUUGACUUGCCCCGCGACACCCGUUUUGAUGAUGAGAAAAGUGCCGAUUUCAACUUGUCUUUUCUGCAAAGUGUGCAAGAUUUGGGUUUGAGGGUGUUCAUGAACCUCGAUGGAAUGUCUUGGACGAAAAUAGAAGACUUCCGUCGCUUGUUUACACGGGUCAAGAGUAACGUUGCAGAGUACGUUUCUCACCACUGGGAUCAGGACUGGUUCUUUGGUUACCAAUUCAUGAACGGAGUCAACCCUGUUCUCAUCAAACGCUGCACCAAACUUCCUGAGAAUUUCCCUGUCACCACAAACAUGGUGAAGAGCAGCCUGGUCCGUGAAUGCUCCCUUGAAGACGAGAUCAAGCAUGGAAAUGUCUACAUUGUGGACUACCAAUGCCUUGAUGGCAUUCCUGGCAAUACAUUCAACCAUUCCAAGCCCUUCUACCUGGCAGCUCCCAUGUGCCUGCUUUACGUCAACAAACAGGGGCAGCUGCUGCCUAUUGCUAUACAGCUACAGCAAAAGCCAUCGGACAACCCCAUCUUCUUGCCGAGCGACUCUGCACACGACUGGAUGCUGGCCAAGAUGUGGGUUCGUUCCAUGGACUUUCAGAUCCAUGAGGUCUCCACCCACUUGCUCCAGACCCACCUGCUGGCCGAGGUGUUCACCAUGGCCACCUUGCGACAGCUGUCUACAAUGCACCCUGUUCAUAAGCUCCUGUAUCGGCACCUGCGCUUCACCCUGGAAAUCAACGUGCGUGCACGGACGCAGCUUGUGGGCACAGGAGCCUUUUUGGAUCAGGCCCUGUCAAUUGGGGGCGGUGGCCAUUUCAAGCUGGGCGCCAAGGGCUUGAAGGCGCUCACCUACAGACAUCUGUGCAUCCUAAAGGAUGUGGCAGAUCGAGGCGUUGGUGACUUGCCCAGCUACUACUACAGGGAUGACGCUUGCACCAUUUGGAAGACCAUUCACAAAUUUGUCGACAAAAUCCUUGCCAUCUUCUACAAGAGUAACGAAGAUGUGACGGGUGACACUGAGCUUCAGGCUUUCAUUGAUGACAUCAACCAUGCCUUGCUGAGCCACCCAUCCAAUGGAUUUCCUACCAAGUUCACCUGUGUGGCAGAGUUGAGUGAAUUCCUCACCAUGGUAGUGUUCCUCUGCUCUGCCCAGCACUCUGCCGUGAACUAUGGCCAGUUUGACUUCUAUGCAUGGAUCCCAAAUGCACCCAGUGCCAUGAGGAAACCACCUCCAACCACCAAGGGUGUGGUGGACAUGCCCUUCAUCCUGCAGACGCUGCCUGAUGUGCAGGUGUCUUGCUCGUCCAUGGCCAUGACCUGGGUGCUUAGCCGCAGUGCUGCAGAGAAAACCCUUGGAACGUUCCCAGAUGAACCUUUCCAGAAUCCAGAUGCCCUCAAGGCCAUGCAAGAGUACCAAUCCGACCUCGAGGUGAUUACAAAAUCCAUUGUUGCAAGAAACGAGACUCUUCCAAUGAAGUAUCCCUACCUGAAACCUGACAAGGUGGCCAACAGCAUCACCAUCUAA